UGUAGUCAACAUGAAAUACUUCGUAGUUUGUGCCUUGUUGGUCAUAUACAUCUCUGCAACUUGCUUCCGUCCAGUGGCGUCGCAGUCAUCUGACGCCUCAGGUGGUGGAUAUGGCUCGGCCAACAACGAGGGUAGCAGCCACAACAGCGGCACGAACGAAAAUAAUGCCUCAGGUACCAUCCGCGGCCUAGGAAGAGUUUUGGGCUCGUUGGGCAUGUCUUCUAGGUCUUCUGGAGAAUCUGGAACAAACUUAAGCAACAACGCUCAGGGUGGAGGUUCAGCCACUGCUCAUACCGGAUAAUUAUAUUUGUGUUCGAGUAUAUUUAACUAUCAGUUACUGUUAAUAGAUAUUAUUGUUUAAAACGUUGAAAAAUGCACUCAUUCUUGUAUAUUUACAGUUAGUUUAGGAAA